AUGAAUCGCCAAUGGUUGUUCAGUGGAGAUGAUGAUGAGGUAAUUCUUGCUUGCAUAAAAGAAAUGGAACGAACUGGAGUCGUUCAUGGUCGAUAUAAAAGGAUUGAAACAGAAUUUUCCUCUCGAUUUACCGCUAAACAAAUUCGUAACCAUUAUCUCAACGCUCUUGACCCUGCAUUAUGUCAUUGCGCGCUAAAGGAAGAAGAAAAGAGGUUUAUUAAAGAUUGGAUUCGAUGUAAUAUGACACCAGAUGGAAAAAUUAAAUGGCAGAAAUUACGUCUGGAAAUGGAAAAGGAAUUUCACUGUUUAAAAUCCGAUAAUAAAAUCAAAAAUUAUUAUUACUCAAACAAACGGCGAUUAGAUAAACAAAGAACUUCCGACCUACCUACUGAUGAUGAUGUGAAUACAACAUUCACCUCUGAUGAAUUCGAAUUCGACGAUGAUGUGACUAUGACAUGCGCUGCUCCCUCUCCCAAAGAUGAUUUCGAUGAUGACGUGAUUAUGACAUGCUCUGGUCCCUCUAUUGAUUUUGAUAUUAUGCCUUCAUUGGAAUUAUUUUCUUUAAAGAGUAUGGAAUCUUCUUAUAAUCAUAAUAAUAAUGUCAUGGCAUCAAUUACACACACUCCUUUUGAUCAUUCAUUAACGCUUCCGUCUAUUUAUCUUGAUUCAAAAGAAACCUGUAUUUGA